GUUGUUUAUUUAUCUUAUCAUUAGGUCUUUAGCUUGUUUUCAACAUUGCAUUUAUAAUUGAUUUCAAGUUAGCAUUAAUCAUAGAAAAUUACAAAUUAUGGCAUUUUUUCGUAGGCUAGCGAAACAUGGUUCUUCUCUGUAUAACUUACUCGACCAUAAGCUUCCAUCAUCAGUUGUCCCUGUUCGAUAUUUAAAUUUACAAGAGUAUCAGAGUAAACAAUUAAUGCAAGAAAAUGGUAUUAAUGUACAGAAUUUUAGAAUUGCUUCUAGUGUAAAUGAAGCAGAAGAAAUAUCGCAUUCUUUUCAUGUUGAUGAAUAUGUAAUCAAAGCUCAGAUUUUAGCUGGAGGACGAGGCAAAGGAGUGUUCUCAAGUGGUCUUAAAGGUGGAGUCAAAUUGACACGCGAUCCUAAAGAUGUUCCUGCACUUGCAAAGCAAAUGCUUGGCUAUAAUCUGGUCACCAAACAAACUCCUAAAAAUGGAGUUACAGUUAAUAAAAUUAUGAUUGCAGAAGCAGUAGAUAUUUCUAGAGAAACUUAUUUGGCCAUAUUAAUGGACCGAGAAAGUGGCGGGCCUGUCAUUGUUGCUAGUCCAGCUGGUGGUGUUGAUAUAGAAGAAGUUGCUAAGGAAACACCAGAAUUGAUCUAUAAAGAAGUCAUAGAUAUCACUAGAGGAAUUACUGACAGCCAAGCUAGAAAUAUCGCCCAAAAAUUAAAAUUUGAAGGAGAUUUGCUUCAUCAGGCAGCUCAGCAAAUUAAAAAAUUGUAUGAUUUAUUCAUUAAAGUUGAUGCUACUCAAAUAGAAAUCAAUCCAUUUGGAGAAACUAAAGAUAGCAGAGUUCUCUGUUUUGAUGCAAAAUUUAAUUUUGAUGAUAAUGCAGAGUUUAGACAAAAGAAAAUCUUUGAGAUGGAUGAUCACUCUGAAAGUGAUCCUAGGGAAGUUGAUGCUGCUAAGUAUCACUUAAAUUACAUUGGGAUGGAUGGAAACAUAGCUUGCAUGGUGAAUGGUGCUGGCUUAGCAAUGGCUACUAUGGAUAUAAUUCACAUUUAUGGUGGCAGCCCAGCUAACUUCUUGGAUGUUGGUGGAAUGGUGCAAGAAGAUCAAGUUUACCAAGCAUUUAGGAUACUUACCUCAGAUGAAAAAGUAAAAGCUGUGCUUGUGAACAUAUUUGGUGGAAUUGUAAAUUGUGCCAUUAUUGCAAAGGGCAUUACUAAUGCAUGUAGAAAUAUUCAGUUGAAAGUACCAUUGAUUGUGCGAUUGGAAGGGACAAAUGUAGAUGAGGCAAAAGCUAUAUUAGCUAACAGCGGUCUUCCUAUUGUUACAGCAAAUGAUCUAGAUGAUGCAGCUAAGAAAGCUGUUGUUAGUUUGCAAUAAAAUUUUUAUAAUGAAUUUAAGUGUUUGUGGAUGUUGAUUAGAUUAUUUUAAUUAAAUUUGCUCAAAACCCAGAGCUAUUUUUCAAAUUUAUAUUGUUUCUUAUAGCAUAUUUCUGACUAUAGCUCAUUUAAAAUAAUAAUGAAAAUUAUUUUUAUGUAAUACUUUUUUGAUUUGAUGUCCUUCAAUCUUAAUUUUAUUUUUAAAAUGAAGGUGUAAUUUUUUUAAUGUAAGAAUGAAUAAGAAGAGUUUAUAUUUUUGUCUGCAAUUUUAUUUAGAUUAUUUUUGUUAUGAACAGUUUGUGAUAAGUGCAGAAGAAAUUCCAUGGAUUUACUGUAAUGCAAUUACAUUAACAUUUAUUUGGCUGCUUACUUUUGAAUAAAGUAAAAGAGAUUUCUUUAAAGAUAUCAAUUCUCAAAACAGAACUAUUGCCAUUUAUAAGUCUUUGUACAUAUCAAAAUUUUGUUAAAAUUUCUUCUGUUUCUGGAUAAUAUUUUUUGGUACGAAUUUUAAUAUAUAUUACUCUAAACUAUUUUACUUAAAAAUUGAAAAUGUGAUAUUAAUUUUUAUUUCUUUUGGUAAAUACAUUUUUAACUCUAUAUGCUACUUGUUUAAAUGUAUUUGUUAUAUUAAAGAUAAAAAAAAAUGUCAUUUCAUUGUUUGAUCAAUAAUAUUACAACACUAAGAGCUAAUAAAAUGUUUACUGCCUCCCAUUCAUAUUAUUUUAUAUAUUAUUUUUAAAUCAACUCUUAAAUUAUAUAGUAGGGUUGAGGCAAAUUCUAGAAAUUAAACUAUUUGCUGUGGAUACUAAGAUUUUAUUAUAAUAUUUGUAGAUAUUAUUUAUUUUUAUACUAAAUAUUUUGACUGAUCUGAAUUCUAUAGUUAUAUAAAUGGAUCAAGUUUGAGAUAACAUGAAGUGCACUUUUUUCUACUGAGUAUACUGCGAUGCAGAGAAUAUAUUUUUAAAUGCAAUGCUAGAUAUCAAUGUAAAAUGUACUUUUAUUGCAGGAAUAAUUUUUUUUGUUACCAUUGUACUUAUUUAAAAAUAUUUUGUACUUAAAUUUUUUACACUUUUUUUUUAAUUUUCCAUAUUUAUGUGAAGAGACUGGUUUACUACUAUAACACUAUGAAUUUUUUACUUUGAUACUUAAAAAGUAUAGCAACAUUUAAUUUUUAAUUUUGAAAAAAAUCAUGUAAAAUAAUAUCUUAUGUUUGAUUGUUAAAUGUAUUAAAAAUGCUAUGUGUUUCAUAA